GUAUUACUAACUGAGAUCACACUUGUACAUCUAUUCAGUUACAUACACACACUAUACACGUACACACACUUCUUUAAAUAUCAACAUCUCCAAUUGGCGGCUAUAACCAAAAGAUAAUAAAAAGAAACUAGAAGGCAGAGGGUUUCAUAUUGACACAGGAAUAACACUUACACAUAGGCCUAUUAUUAUACUAUCUGUGACUUUUCUAGUUCAGUAAACAAUAUACAAUACUCUUAAAACAUACAACCAAAUAGGCUAAAUAGGGUUUUAUUCAAAUUAAUGAAGAAAGAUCGACCUGGUAAAGAAGUCAAGCUCGUGCAAGCAGACGUGACGAAAUUAUUGGAUGCUGUGCGGCCCAUCCUGUUAGCUCAACCGGUCCUUCUGGAUUUGCAGGCUCCAGUGACCAUCUGUGGGGACAUACACGGCCAGUACUACGACCUCCUGCAGCUGUUCUACAUAGGCGGUUUUCCUCCAGAAACGAAUUAUCUUUUCCUAGGCGACUACGUUGACAGGGGGAGGAACUCUCUUGAAGUUAUUUGUCUCUUGUUCGCCUAUAAAGUGAAGUACGCUGAGAAUUUUUUCUUGUUGCGAGGCAACCACGAGUCCGCUUCAGUCAACCAGUAUUACGGAUUUCUGCAGGAGUGCAAAAGACGGCUCAGUCUUUCCUUGUUCAAGAAGUUUAACGAGGUGUUUAACUGUCUUCCUCUUGCGGCCGUCGUCGAAGAAAAGAUCUUCUGCUGCCAUGGAGGUCUUAGUCCUGAAUUAAGAACUUUGUCGCAGAUCAGGAAAAUCCACAGGCCAUUGGAUGUCCCCGACGAAGGUCUUGUGCAGGAUUUACUUUGGGCGGAUCCCCACCCUGAUCCCGCGGCGAAAGGAUGGCAUUUCAACGACAUGAGAUGUACCUCUUUUAUGUUUGGCGUGGACACUGUGGAGGAGUUUCUCAACGCCAAUGAUCUGCAGCUGAUAUGCCGGGCUCACGAUGUGCGCCAGGAAGGAUACGACUUUUUCGGCAGGCGUCAGUUGGUGACUAUUUUCUCCGCCCCGAACUAUUCCUAUCAAGACAACUGCGGGGCGAUCAUGACAGUCAGUGAGGAUCUAGAGUGCGCUUUCAAAAUUCUCAAACCGAUAAGUAGGAAGCCGAAGUAUCGAUACGAAGGUGGCUUGAGAUCAAAGUCACAGACAAACGAAGUGUCUCCAGAGGAACACACUUCCACAUCAGAAAGGCGCGGAUCUUUAGAUCUGACGGACUUAUCAUUUUGGGAAAAACAUUUGAGACCAGUGUCACGUGAACGUUCGCAUAGUACUUCGUUUUAAAUGGACAUACUAAGCGCGCAGGAAGUUGGAUAGAUCUCGAUUUUAAAUGGACAUACUAAGCGCGCAGGAAGUUGGAUAGAUCUCGAUUUUAAAUGGACAUACUAAGCGCGCAUGAAGUUGGAUAGAUCUCGAUUUUAAAUGGACAUACUAAGCGCGCAUGAAGUUGGAUAGAUCUCGAUUUUAAAAGGGUUAAAUUCUCUCUUGGAAGACUCAUUGUGAAUUAACAUGUGUAAUAUGAUGUGCGUGUUUCUUGUGACUAUAUUUAAAAUGUAUUUCAGUUCCACAUUAACAGUUUUUAUUUGCCUCAUCAGCUUUUUAUAAUUAUAAGAAUGUUUUUUUUCUAAACAGUUUAUUGUGAAGCAAUAUUCUUUUUGUAUAUUUAAACUAUGACUAUGCUGUAGGCCUAUUUUAUUACCUUGCGAUUUUCCUCUUUAGAAAUCUAUUUUAUAUUUCAAACUAGUUAAAAUUAUAAUUUUUGUAAUCAGUAUUUCACGUUAUCGUUGUUUGUUCUCAACUAGUGGAGUUGUUUUAUCACAGAGACUGAAGAGCCUCAGUCAACUAUUGGAGUUGUUUUAUCACAGAGACUGAAGAGCCACAGUCAUCUCUAAAAAAAAUUCAGUGUGAUUUUGAACUCCGCGAGCAACUAGAAGAGGGGUGGGGGACAGUACGGUGUAUAUAUAUUGACGAUAUAUUUAGCCUUUGGUAUUGUCCUAGCUGAUAUAGACAAGUAUUUGUUUAACUAUUAUGUGAUCAAAUUGAUUACUGUAUCCUUUGAGUCAUCUACGUAGAUCUCUUAAUUGCUAUGCAGAAAAUAAAGGCUGGUUGAUCAACCAGUUUGUGUUUCAAUUUGUGUCGACACGAUGUUUCGGGAUUCGAGUCCCGCUAACAGUAUUCCAUCCACGUAAUGUUUUAAAAUGUUCUUAUCAUAUGGUGACUUUGUGUAAAAAUAGCAACAAAACGUCGUUUUAAAAUAAAGUUGUUUUUUUUUAUAUUA